AUGGGCCAGAAAAGAAAAGCUUCUGAAGGCUUCCCAACGCCGAAAAAGGUCCUGAAGCCAACGGCGCUGGAUGAUACUGAUCCUAUCUACGAGGAGGCUUAUUCCGAUGAUGAUUAUGCUUCUUCCAACGAGAGUGUCGUUACCGGCGACAGUCUACACGAUACCCCGGCAACUCCCUUCUCGACAACUUCAACCAAGUAUCCCUCCGAACUGAAGACUCAUCGCUGCCCUUUCGACGGCUGCUCCAAGGCAUUCAAUCGCCCGGCUCGGCUCCAAGAGCACCUGCGCUCCCACAAUAAUGAGCGGUUAUUCAGCUGCACCCAUGAAGAUUGCGAUAAGACCUUUCUGCGAGCCUCCCAUCUGAACCACCAUAUCAAGAGUGCGCAUACCGGAGUUCGGGAUUAUGUCUGCGAUCGUCCGGGCUGUGGAAAGAACUUCGUGACCGGCUCCCGUCUCCGUCGACAUUUGGCGGCUCACGAUGGACGAGACAAGUAUCGCUGCACGGAACACCCGCCGUGCAAUGAAACGUUCCGGAAACACUCGACGCUCCAAAAGCAUAUUAUGACGUGCCAUUUGAAACAAAAGCCUUUCCAAUGCCCACAUGUCGACGCGACGACCGGCCAGAAGUGUUCUAUGGCAUUCGACACCGCAGGCCAUCUUCGCGCCCACGAGAGUCGAGUUCACACCGACAAACGAUUCACCUGUGCCGAGUGCUCCCAGCAGGACUGCGCCGAAGGCACGGACCUGAUGUCCGCCUCAUCGACCGAUAAGCCGGCAACUGGGUCCCUGACGGUGUCCUUCCCCACGUAUGCGCUGUUGCAGGCGCACAUCAAAUCCGUACACCCUCCUCAGUGUCCCACUUGUUCAAUCACCUGCUCCACGUCUCGUGAACUACGGCGCCAUCUCGAAGUCGCCCACGGCGAUGUAACUAUCGAAGACCGAAAGCUCUUCCCAUGCUCCGUCCCGGGCUGUGACCGCAGCUUCACCAAGAAGGGAAACCUGACCGUGCAUGUCCGGACGGUCCAUGAAGGCGAGCGACGAUUCGUCUGCGGCGAGACCGACCUCUCAGCCUCCAAGAAGGUUCUCGGCUGGACUGGCGCCGACGGCUGCGGAAAACGCUACGGCAGCAAGCUCGCUCUCGAAGAGCACAUCCGCACCGCCCAUCUUGGCUUCCAGAACGCCAAAGCCGAGCGUCGACAACGUCUCGGCCUCGGUAGCAAGGGCCAACAACACCAGAAUUCCUCGCAGCCGAGGCUCUCUGCGCUGACCGCUCUCACAGGCGAAGGCUACGCCGAAGAAUCAGGCCGCCACAUCACCUGUCUUGUCGAGUCUUGUCCCCAUCGCUUCCUCCGCAACUAUGACUUGUGGAUACACAUGGGCAGUAAGCACGGUCUUCUCGAGGACGAAAUCCGAGACUUGUUCAUGAAGCGCGCGCUCCUAGCGGAUUCGACCACCACCCUCGACGCCCAAAACAACAAUGACCCUCUCCUGCUUCUCUCCGACAGCAUGCCCGGAAUCUACGGUCUCGAGUUCGACCACGAAGACCCGUCCUACUCUUCUUACAACCCAUACACCCUAGGCGCGACCUCCGCUCCGUCCCUGUCUGUCGAUCCCUACGCAGACCACAACUCAGCCGACCUACCCGUCAAACCGGAACUCGGCUCUGAUUUAAUGAUGCAAGAUUUCAGUUCUAAGAUACCCAAUGCAGAUGACAUGGCCAUGAUUGAUCCUUUGUUGGCGUACAAUUUGAUGGACAAUGCAUAA